UCAUUUUCUCAGUCUCAACUGCCAGCUCAAGAGAGCAAUCAUCUGGGAUCCAGCAAAGUCUUCCGUCAGAAAUUCAAUAGCAGUGUCAGUUCACUCCCUCAUCUGGAAGGCCAAACGAAGAACAAUUUCAUUGUAAAUGCCACCAGACCUCAUCCACAAGACAGCAGCCUUCCUCACAUAACAAAGAACCUGUCGAAUGUGAACCUAUUGCUUCAGGAAAACAGAUCUCGAGGCCAGCCACAUGUUUCCAGAUUUAACCUUGCAGAAAACCUGCCUGAAGGUGCUACUAGAGUCCAGCCCAAUAGGCCUGAAAUAGAAGGAACCAACACCAGUCUCAAGUUGCCUCUGACAGCUCCAGAAGCCUUGAAAUAUUUUAGAAACCAGUUAACAGUUUAUGAGCAAGAAGAAAUUCUCAACUAUGCAGAGCUGUGGUUUCUUGGGCUGGAAGCUAAAAAGAUUGAAGGGUUACCUGAAACACAGAAUAAUAAUUGUUAUGAUGACGAACACGGCACUUACAUAAAGGUCCUACAUGACCAUAUCGCAUACCGCUACGAAGUGCUAGAGGUCAUUGGGAAAGGGUCAUUUGGACAAGUAGCAAAAUGUUUGGAUCAUAAAACCAAUGAACUAGUGGCAGUGAAAAUAAUAAGGAACAAGAAAAGAAUAAAUUUGUAUCAGCUGAUCAAAAAGAACAAGUUCCAAGGUUUUAGUUUGUCUUUGAUUCGACGAUUCACUCAGUGUGUGCUGAGAUGUUUACAAAUGCUCUACCGGGAAAAAAUUAUCCACUGUGACUUGAAACCUGAGAACAUAUUGCUAUACCACAAAGGUCAAAAUUCAGUUAAAGUUAUUGACUUUGGAUCAAGCUGCUAUGAACACCAAAGAGUGUAUACAUAUGUUCAGAGCCGAUUUUAUCGCUCCCCUGAAGUGAUUCUUGGUCACCCAUAUGCUACUCCUAUUGAUAUGUGGAGCCUGGGAUGCAUCAUGGCUGAACUUUACACAGGCUAUCCCCUUUUUCCAGGAGAGAAUGAAGUAGAGCAACUUGCCUGCAUCAUGGAGAUAUUGGGUCUUCCGCCAGCUGAUUUUAUUCAGACUGCAUCAAGAAGACGAACAUUCUUUGAUUCCAGAGGUUUUCCUAGAACUAUAACAAACAGCAGGGGGAAAAAAAGACACCCAGACUCCAAGGAUCUAAGUACGGUAUUAAAAACCCAUGAUGCCGCUUUCCUGGAUUUUCUGAGAGGCUGCCUAAUGUGGGAACCUGCCCUUCGCAUGACUCCAGAUGAAGCAAUGCAGCACGUAUGGAUCCAGGAACCAAGAAUACAUCAAUCAAAACAAAAUCCUGACUCUGCAAGUGAAAGUUCCUUCUUCAGACUAGAGAAGAAGCAGAAUGUACAUAAACACACACUGCCUGGACAAGGAGAAGAAAACACCUGUCAAGAUAUGGUUGAUAAAGCAAAAUGUGAAAUGACUGAAAAUCUUACUGCUGCAAGUGAAAGACUAACUCUCAAUGCAUCUUCCUCAGACACAAUGGAAAAUAAAGUGCAGAACACAACCAAACAGGUUAUUCCAGAGGAAGAUCUGGAAAACCCAGUGGAAAAAGCUAUCAAAAGAGACAAAGCAGGACACAGCAGUGAAACAGCUCUUCACAAAAAUUCAAUGUUCUUACCACCAAUUAAGUAACAUUCUGCACAGGCAGCUACUGGUCUGGUUUCUAUACCUGCCUAGUAUGUUUUGUAGGUAACCAUUUAACUGUACAAUAUUCAAGAACAUCAUUUUAAAUUGUAACUCUCCACACAUGGGCUGUGCACAUUUGUAGACAUUUUUAACCUAGAUUAGUCCAGGUAA